AUGGUGCCGGUCCCUGAUCAAGCCAAUCCACAUCCCUUGGCCGGUGAGAAAUCCGACCACUCUUCAAGGAUUGGCCAGUCCCUGACCAUGCCAAUUCACAUCCCUUGGCCGGUGAGAAAUCCACCCAAGGUUCAAAGGAGAAAGCUAGAUGUACCUGAUUCUUCAUUGUUGCUUGAGUCGGGUACUCGGGACAUGCAUGGUCGAGUUAUUUCUGCCUCAUAUCAUCGUGGGAGUCCAACUGGGUAUAAGUUAAAGGGUAAGUCGCAGAAGGGUCAUGCCGAUAGUAGUGUGGGAUCUGACGAUGUAUUUGAUCAUGCCAGUUUGGACUUACAGAAUGUGAGUGACAAUGAUGAUAUCCCGACUGAAGAUAUCGACUCGGAAGGGUUUAAUGAUUUCGGAGGUGAUUCACCUCCACAUUCACCUCCGUAUUCACCUCCAGCUAGACGAAGCAAUAUUAUUCGUCUUAGGGUGAGAGGACUUGAAGCUGCAUCUGCAUCAGCAUCUGCAACUGCAUCAUCAUCAGCAGUGAGUAAUGCCCAGCCUUGGGUUGUCACGAGACCAGUUAUUGGUGGCCCUCAUGACGGUUCUGUUAUUCCCAGUUUUCUUGGUCAUGUGGCCCAUCGCUUGACGGAUAAGUCGUACAAACCCUCCUUGGAGAUGGAUACAAGAGUCACAUAUUUCAAGUUGAUGAAAGAAAGGAAGGGUUCUAUGUCGACUGAGGCUCAGAUCUUGUUGGCUGGUACACGGUUAUUCCACAUCGUGGAAAUCAUGCACACCAACAUUGAUAAGAUAUUGGGUAUUCCCGUUGAAGGUAGAUUGAUUACAGCACAACCUGGGACUGUCGAUUCUAAGACUUUGGUCAUGAGGGCGCUGAGAAUGACUAGUCAGACGUUACAAACUAGAAAAGUAAUCCACGGUGGAGGGGUUCAGUCGGGCAUUGUUGCGAAGACAGGCCGAGCGGCAGCGCUUGCUUUAGAUCAGGUGACCGCCUGGUUAUGGGUCAUGUUAAGGAACACGUUGUUUACCGACAUGAGUGGGACUCAGAUUAGAGCGGCGAUUCUCUCCGAGUUUAUUGAUGGCCUAGUCACCCGUGGCAAUAUUUCUUGGCGGUCUACUGCUCUAGCCUAUCUCUACCAUCAGCUAGGUAUGUCCACCAGAUUGAAAAAUGCCUCAAUAUCUGGUUACUACACACUACUUCAGGCGUGGAUAUAUCUGUGUUUUCCAUGUUUCAGACCAGUUCGGGGCAGUCCCUUUGAGGCUCCUGACCGACCCCAAGCUGAAUGGUGGAAUGUCCCAAAUCUUGAUAACAGUCCAGAUCGUCUGAUGCACCUUCGCAACCAUAUCGACAAGCUGACACCCUAUCAAGUUGAAUGGUUGCCUUAUGGCCCCGAUCCUGUUUCCGAUGAUCCGAGGACCAUAUACAGUGGCUGGAUACAGUACCGAGAUAUUAUUGAGCCAUACUUGCCUAGUCGAGUAUUGCGCCAGAUUGGAUACAUCCAGGUCAUCCCUCCACCCAUUCCUCAUCCCCCGAGUGCAAAUCGUAGUGGUAAUCACCAUGCCUACAAGGUUUCAUGGAGGCCCACUGAGACGUGUGAUGCUUGGAUGCAAUUCCCAUUCAGUACCGGGCUGGAUCUAGAGUAUUUUGAGCGGAGUGAUCAUAAUAAGACUGCAUGGGCUCCUAAUUACCUCCAGUGGUACUUGAAAUAUUCGCAUUCUUUCUUCGUUUUAGAUGCCACUACUAUAGGUGGAGUUAGAACCACAUCUUACGUUCCUCAAAACUCAUCCAAUCAUGGUGUUGCUCUUGUUCCUCGAAACUUAUCUGCUCAUGGUAUUCCACUUCUUCCAGCUCAUGGUGCAGAAACUCAUUGA